AUGGCUACUGAAACAAACGAUGGAAAAUUAAAUGAAUGUUGUUUAACUGAAUAUCGACCAUUAUUUGGAACUCCACAAGGACAAAUUAUUAAAAUUGCUGAUAUUGAUACUUAUCAAAUUUUAGGAAAGGAUGUAACAUCAAAAGGAAAAGCAAUUGUUCUAUUAACUGAUGUAUUUGGUUUAACAAAAAAUCCACGUAUGACUGCUGAUAAAAUAUCAGAAAAAAGUGGUUUUGAUGUUUAUGUUCCUGAUAUAUGUAAUGGUGAUCCAGUGGCUUCUUCAUUUUUAUCAAAUAUGCCCGAAGCUCCAGGAGAAAAGAUGUCUAUCGGUGCUAAAAUAGGUAUGACUGCAAAAAUGGUCACAACAUUCGGACCAUGGAUAAUUCGCCAUCGUCAAGCUGUUACACUUCCUAUCAUAGAAAAAUUCUUGGAGACUCUUCGAUCAGAAAAUGGAGUCAAUCGAAUAGAAGUCGCCGGGUAUUGCUUUGGAGGUUAUUAUGCAGUUUUAGUUGGCGGAGAAAAAUAUAAUCUAGUGGAUGCUGUUGUUGGUUGUCAUGUAUCUAUGAGAGGGAAAAAUGGUUCAGAAAAAUGGAUUUAUGCUAAUAGAGAUGAGAAAAAUGUAUAA